UUUUGAGAAUGUAGACAAUGUAAGCUGGCUCACCAAGCAGCAACCAUGCUUCCAUUAAGAGCUUUGUUAUUGGUGGCCAAAAAAUAAACAUCUCUAAAAUGUGUGUUGCAUUACAAGCCCACGUCCCUCUGGUCUGGCAGAUUCAGAAAUUCCCAUCACAACGCCCAAUGAUUGGAACAUGGUAAAGGUCCUCGCCAGAAAUGUUCCGGCUUUGCCAAGCCAACCCUGAUGAUUUUAACCGCCAUAUUAAAUGAAUGAGUGUUGAGCAACACUCAUCCGUGCAAUCAGGAUGGGGCAUUAUUUGUUCAGAGGUGCUUUUGCUACUUUUAGCUCUUUCUGCAAAAUUUGAUCACGAUUAUGUUCAAAGUAUUCGCUAGGUGCCGCAACCCGCCGCCCGAUUGAAAACUGGUUUCUGUUGUCGAAAAAAAGGUAACCGAGGGGUGCUUUCCGUUCUGUUUCGUGCACGAACUAGAUUUAAAAGAAAGGGCAACUCAAGUCAGGUAAUAUUUUUUUGGACUUCAGUCGGACUUCAUGACUGCUAAGCCAUUUGACACCGAUCGAGCGGUUGGAAACACUCAGUAAUCUAGGCACACUACAACGGACACAAUCGGGCGAAUUGAGCAGACGACUCGAACCACGCGCGAGAUAAGACCGAAAGAAGAAAAUAUGCAAGCAACAGAAAGUCCUCUAUGAUCGCUGGGCCAGUCGGCCGUAAUCGCCGGCCCAUUUAUCGCGACUGCGUCGGACACCGCGGGUGCGUCGUCGAGAUGCAGCUCGUCAGCCUUUUCUGCCAAGUCAUCCCCAGGCUCGGUCAAGCGGCACUCGCAACGCCUUGCGUCCGCCAGCUACGGCAUUGCAGCAGCGAGGCCCCCCUGCAGCGCACCGUCCUGUACGACUUCCACGUGAAGCAUGGCGGCAAGAUGGUGCCCUUUGCCGGCUACGAGAUGCCGGUCCAGUACGGGUCCAUGGGCAUUGCAGCCUCGCACCUGCACACCAGGAAGCAGGCCAGCCUGUUCGACGUCUCGCACAUGCUGCAGAGCAAGCUGCACGGAGAGGACCGGGUCAAGUUCGUCGAGUCCCUCGUCGUGUCCGACAUUGAAGGGCUUGUUGACGACAGCGGCACCCUGACAGUGUACACGACUGAAACGGGGGGCAUAAUCGACGACCUGAUAGUUAACAAAGCCGGUGAUCACCUGUACGUGGUCUCAAAUGCUGGCUGCAGGGACAAGGACUUGGCGCACGUCAGGGCGAAACUGUCGGAGUUCCAGGCAGCAGGAGGCCGUGCUUCGCUGGAGGUGAUGGAUGAUUGGGCCCUCCUGGCUGUUCAAGGCCCGGCGACGGCGCGACUGCUGGGACCCCUGGUGGACAAGCCGCUGGAACCGCUGACAUUCAUGCGAAGUGCUCUGGUCACCAUCGCUGGCAUUCCCAACUGCAGGAUCACUCGCUGCGGCUACACUGGCGAAGACGGUGUGGAGAUCUCCGUGCCGGCCGGGCGGGCAGAGGAGCUGGCGUCUGCCCUGGUGGGGCUGGAAGGCCUGGAACUGGCCGGCCUGGGGGCCAGGGACACCCUGCGGCUGGAGGCCGGGCUCUGUCUCUACGGGCAGGACAUCGGGAUGGACACGUCUCCCGUCGAGGCCGGGCUCGUCUUCACCAUCGGCAAGCGGCGGCGUCAGACUGCCGACUUCCCGGGGGCCAAAGUGAUUCUGGAGCAGCUCGCUCAGAAACCUGCACGCAAGAGGGUCGGCAUCGUCGCAAAGUCGGGUGCUCCAGCUCGCUGUGGUGCACCCAUCUACGACGAAUCCGGCCAGAAGGCACUGGGCGCCGUGACGAGCGGAUGCCCGUCACCGAGCGUCGGCGCAAACAUUGCUAUGGGUUACGUGCCGACUGCCAGCGCCAAGAUCGGCACGCCACUGCAACUGCAAGUGCGCGGCAAGAUGGUUCCCGCCGUUGUUGCCAAGAUGCCGUUUGUGCCUACUCACUACUAUACGCCUCCCAAGACUGCCUGAUGAUUCGCCUUUUGUUAUCUUUUGUCUCGUUGCAAAACCGUGUUAUACAGUUAAGGUUUCCUAGCCACGUCAGUAAUGGUCGGCCAUUCCUCUUCCAGACGAGAGAAACUUUAGCUUCGUUCGAUUUACCUGCACCGGUGCAGAAAAGUGUGGGGCGGUGUACUUCCGAUAUGUGCAUCGAGAUACGACCGAAAGUACACUGCCUUACACUUUUCUGCACCGGUGCAGGAGGUUUAAGUAAAUCGAACGAAGCUACUGUGUUGGCACCUGGUGGCAAAUCUGCAUACAAUUACUAAGCCUGGAAAUUUUAACAACGAUGAGGUCAGGACAUAACAAACCGGGAAAUUUGAAAACAAUGUGCCAGUUUAAUGCUCGCUUUCUUUGGCAGCAUUUGAGUCGGACGUAUGUAUGGCAUUAACACUCUGGAUCAGUCAAGAACAUGGAUUGGGAAGUAACUUGGUCUUUUAGGAUGCAAAAGGUGUUUUGGGGGGUCAGACAUACCAGUAUCAUUCUUGUUUGUGUUACCAUUUUGUUAAGUUGGCCGGGGAAGUUGUAAACGAAGUCACGAGAGGCAUCCUGAAUUGUUUGUUGUAGUCGUUACCAGUGCCAAAUAUUUGACUGGUUCCUUGUCAAAGUGUUUUGCUCUUCUCUGAGAAGAGUUCGCAAACUGUUGUUUCGGUGAUAUCAGGUACCAAGGGAUGGUGCCCAACCUCAAACACUCGGUAGACUCUACACUCUCAUGCGAGCUGGAGUUGCAAAGCCAAAGAGUUCCUGCAAAUUCGUAGGAGCACAGUCAUGCGCAGCUUCCUAGCGGGAGUGUUGAACAGCCGUGUGGAACUCAACAAAUUGGGUGCAAGAAAAGACCACAAGAGUUUAGUUGCAGUGUGUGCCAAAAAGAAGCAUCAUUGUUUUAUUGCACCUAAGGGAAGAAAAAUAAACAAGGGCUGCAGUUGCCACUCAAGUCGCGCACUGGCCGCUUCCUAUAUAUAUAUACACUUCUUGUAUAGUACAGAACAUUUUUUUCGCUAAGGAGGGGCUCAAAUAAAAAGCAAAACCGAAAAGGAAAA